AUGGCUGCAGAUGAAAGUGCUACGGAAAAGCAAGCGGGGGAACCAAAAAUGGCAGUAGAUGGUGAAACCAACGGUUCCUGUGAGCACAGCGAAGCUGGUAGCCACCCAAACCCAGCUAAAAACACUCAGGACAAUACGAAAGUGAGCCAGCAGGACUCUAGUACUAAAUUAAAUAGGAUAGCAGAAAAUGGCAUUUCUGAACGAGAUGGCGAGACUGGGAAGCAAAACCAUAUGAAAGCUAAUGACUUCACACAGACUUCUGUAACGGGGAGUAAUGGAUAUAUUCUAACCAAGCAGAUGGCACAGGAGCAACCUCUAAGGACUACCAGCACCUUUGCUUCUCUCACCGGCCAUGCUGCAAAAACCCUUCCAGGAGGAGCAAGCAAAGGGAGAACUAUGGGCUCCUUUUCUCAGAUGCAAGCCACGAUGCCAGCCAAGCUCGGGGAGGGCAGUAAGGACGUGGAUGCUAAAAAAACCACCGCUGCUAACGCUGAAGUCAAGGUCCACAGAGCACGGAAGACAAUGCCUAAACCCACCCCUAGCCUGCAUGCAAGUAAAGACCCCAAAGAUGGGAGAGACAGCAGAGAUCAAAAAGAAUCCAAGGAGGAAGGCAACAAAAACAUCCUGGAGUUUGGGAAGCCCUUGCCGUUGCCCUCUCUCCCGGGCCUUCACCAGUCACUACCUCAGAACCAGAGCUAUGUGGCCACCACGAAGUCGCAGACGGCUUUGGGCUUUUUUUGCUUCUCUUUUCCAGCUGCUGCAGUAUCUCGGAAGAAGAAACGGAGAAUGGGAACCUAUAGCCUGGUUCCCAAGAAAAAGACCAAAGUGUUAAAACAGAGAACAAUGAUUGAGAUGUUUAAGAGCAUAACUCAUUCCUCUGCGGGUGCCAAGGGUGAAAAGGACCUAGGUGAUGCCAGCCCUCACGUGAACGGGGAAAGCAUGGAUGUAGAUUCUGAAGAGGAAGACUCUGAUGAGUUGGAAGAGGAGGAUGAUCAUGGAGCAGAACAGGCAGUUGUGUUUCCUGCAGAUGAUAACAGGACCUCUAAAGACAGCGUGUCCGAUGUAGACAAUGCCAGAAAGAUUGAUGAUGGCGAGUCUGAGGAGGAACAGGAGUCUGGAGAGUCUGGGGAGGAGGAGGAAGAUGGAGAUGAAUCUGACUUGAGCUCGGAGUCCAGCGUCAAGAAGAAGCUGCUGAGGAGGAAAGGAAAGACGGACAGUCCAUGGCUGAAACCCACCCGCAAGAGGAGACGGAGGAAUAAAAAGAAACAAGCCAGUGUGCUAGGUGCCGAAGCCUAUAAACCAUCUUUGGGAGGCAGAGAGGGCCCCGGCCAGGAGAACAGCAUGGAGUACAUGGAGGUCUCCCUGGAUUCCCUGGAUCUCCGGGUGAAGGGGAUCCUCUCCUCGCCGGCCGGAGGUCUUUCCAAUGGUCCUGAAGCAAUGGAAGUAGAUGGUCUCCAGGAAGUCCCCCUCUGUAGCUGUCGAAUGGAAACCCCCAAAAGCAGAGAGAUCACCACGCUAGCCAACAACCAGUGCAUGGCCACGGAGAGUGUGGAUAACGAGCUGGGCCGAUGCACAAACAGUGUGGUUAAGUAUGAACUGAUGCGCCCGUCUAACAAAGUCCAGCUUUUGGUGCUGUGUGAGGACCAUAGAGGGAGGAUGGUGAAACACCAGUGUUGCCCUGGCUGUGGAUACUUUUGCACUGCAGGCACUUUCAUGGAGUGUCAGCCGGAGAGCAGCAUCUCCCACCGUUUCCACAAGAACUGUGCCUCCCAGGUCAACGACAUGAGCUACUGCCCACACUGCGGGGAAGAGGCCUCCAAGGCAAAGGAGGUGACAAUAGCAAAAGCAGACACAACCUCAACGGUGUCGCUGACCUACGAGCAGCAGAAACCAGCCGCUGUGGAGGGAAGGGCCGACACCACGACGGGGAGUGGCACUGGGACGCGGUUGUUAGAGGAAGACAAGCCAGAAAGUUCAGCUGCUGAGGGGUUUGACAUCGCUGGGUCUUCAGUUUUUCCAAAGCCUACUACUAGCCUGACCCAGGGACCAGUUAAAGAAACUCUGGAAAGUGCCCUGAUUGCCCUGGACUCCGAAAAACCCAAGAAGUUACGGUUCCAUCCAAAGCAGUUGUACUUCUCUGCGAGGCAAGGAGAGCUGCAAAAAGUCCUGCUUAUGUUGGUGGAUGGAAUUGACCCUAAUUUUAAAAUGGAGCAUCAGAGUAAGAGAACCCCUCUCCAUGCUGCUGCUGAGUCUGGCCACGUGGACAUCUGCCAUAUGCUGAUUCAGGCUGGUGCUAAUAUAGACACCUGCUCUGAAGACCAGAGGACCCCGCUGAUGGAAGCAGCAGAAAACAACCAUCUGGAAACUGUGAAAUACCUUAUCAAGGCUGGAGCACUCGUAGAUCCGAAGGACGCGGAGGGCUCCACGUGUCUGCAUUUGGCUGCCAAGAAGGGACACUACGACGUUGUUCAGUACCUCCUCUCCAACGGGAAGAUGGAUGUCAACUGCCAGGAUGAUGGAGGCUGGACGCCGAUGAUCUGGGCCACCGAGUACAAGCAUAUUGAGCUGGUGAAGCUGCUGCUUGCGAAGGGGUCAGACAUCAACAUCCGUGACAAUGAGGAAAAUAUUUGUUUGCACUGGGCUGCUUUUUCUGGCUGUGUUGACAUAGCGGAGAUACUGCUGGCUGCUAAGUGUGAUUUACAUGCAGUGAAUAUUCACGGGGAUUCACCCCUGCAUAUUGCAGCCAGAGAGAACCGCUACGACUGUGUCGUUCUCUUUCUUUCCCGUGGCUCGGAUGUCACUUUAAAGAACAAGGAGGGUGAGACUCCACUCCAGUGCUCCAGCCUUAACUCUCAGGUCUGGGUGGCCCUACAGAUGAACAAGACUCUCAAAGAAUCGUCUGCUGACAAGCCUGCCCAGAUAGAGAAGGUCGUGAACAGAGACAUUGCCCGGGGUUAUGAGCGGAUCCCGAUUCCCUGCGUCAAUUCCGUGGACAGUGAGCCUUGUCCUAGCAACUACAAAUAUGUUUCGCAGAACUGCGUCACCUCCCCGAUGGACAUUGAUAGAAACAUCACUCAUUUACAGUAUUGCGUAUGUAUAGACGACUGCUCCUCCAGUAACUGCAUGUGUGGCCAACUCAGUAUGCGCUGCUGGUAUGAUAAGGACGGCCGACUCCUGCCUGAGUUCAACAUGGCUGAGCCGCCGCUGAUCUUUGAGUGUAAUCACGCAUGCUCGUGCUGGCGAACCUGUAGGAACCGGGUGGUGCAGAAUGGACUCAGGACUCGAUUGCAGCUUUUUCGGACACAAAAGAUGGGCUGGGGUGUGCGAACAAUGCAAGACAUUCCACUGGGAACCUUUGUGUGCGAGUAUGUUGGUGAGCUGAUAUCUGAUUCCGAAGCAGACGUCCGUGAAGAGGACUCCUACCUCUUCGACCUUGACAACAAGGAUGGAGAACUGUACUGCAUAGACGCCCGUUUCUAUGGCAACAUCAGCCGCUUUAUAAACCACCUCUGCGAGCCAAACCUCAUCCCGGUGCGAGUCUUCAUGUCGCAUCAGGACCUCCGCUUUCCCAGGAUCGCCUUCUUCAGCACGAGGCAUAUAGAAGCUGGAGAACAAAUCGGCUUUGACUACGGAGACAGGUUCUGGGACAUCAAAGGCAAAUACUUCAGCUGUCAGUGCGGUUCACCCAAGUGCAAACACUCGAGCUCAGCGCUGGCCCAGCGGCAGGCGAGCACCUCGUCCCAGGACACGCAGGAAAACGGGCUCCCUGACACCAGCUCUGCCACGGCAGCCGGCCCCUUUUGAGGCUCCGCUCCCCAGAGACUGACUUGUUUUAACCCUAUAGAUUCACAUACUGUCUGAAUUUCCAUUUAAAGAGAGAAAAAACCCGAAAACAACAACAAAAAAACCGUCUCAAGGAAAGCCAAGGGUUUGUGACACUUAGGGCUGUGCCACCGACUGUUACUUGAGGAAUAAGUAAAAGCAAAUCUCGCCUCCAUGAUGUUGUUCUCCCCUUCCCGGUCCUGGAAAGCUGCUGGUUUUCACAGUUGCGUGUGGAGGGGUGGCUGUUGCGUUCUUUUUCCAUGCGAGCUGUCCUGGCCUCCGUCUCUUAAUGUGCUAAGUGUUGUCAGAGCCAAGGGAGAGCCGCCCGUCCUCCGAAUAUUGUUAAUUGAAUGGAUCGCUCAUGCCAAGUCAUCUCCAGUUCACUUGUAAUAAACUUUGAAUACUUGAUGGGACUUUCUUUCUAAAAGCCGGGGGGAGCGGGGAGGGAGAGGGAGGUGCUGGUGUUUGGGUUUGCUCGGCACAGCCCCGGGGCAGGUUCUGCUGGUUGGUUUUUGUUGGUUUGUUUGGU